AUGGAUGUCAAGAAUGCUUUUCUUCAAGGAGAGCUGGAGGAUGAGGUUUACAUGAUGCCACCUCCGGGUAUGGAAGACAUGGUCAAGCCAGGGAAUGUCCUAAGGUUGAAGAAAGCAAUCUAUGGGUUAAAACAGUCACCAAGGGCUUGGUACCACAAACUGAGUACAACUCUCAAUGGAAGAGGGUUUGUAAAGUCAGAAGCUGAUCAUACACUCUUCACACUCACAAGCAAGCAAGGAAUUGUGGUGAUUCUUAUUUAUGUAGAUGAUAUUAUCAUCACAGGAAGUGACAAGGAAGGUAUUAUCUCAACCAAAGUCUUUCUUAAGUCUACUUUUGAUAUUAAAGAUUUGGGUGAGCUAAAGUACUUUCUAGGGAUAGAAAUAUGCCGCUCUAAAGAGGGGUUUUUCUUAUCUCAAAGGAAGUACACACUUGAUCUUUUGAAUGAGGCAGGAAAGCUUGGAGCGAGAGUAGCCAAGACUCCACUAGAAGAUGGGUAUAAGGUGCUGCGUGAGGGGGAGAUUGAAGACAAGCCCUAUACUGACGUUAAACACUAUAGAAGAAUUGUAGGAAAGCUGAUAUACCUCACCAUCACCAGGCCUGAUGUAUGCUUUGCAGUUAACCAAGUAAGCCAGAAUAUGCAAGCUCCCAAGAUACACCAUUGGAACAUGGUUGAAAGGAUCCUAAGAUACCUAAGAGAGGCGCCAGGGCAAGGAGUGUGGAUGGGAUGCAACAAAAAUACAGAGAUAGUUGGGUAUUGUGAUGCUGAUUGGGCAGGAGACAGAGUGGAUAGGAGAUCCACUACCGGCUAUUGUACAUUUAUUGGAGGCAAUCUUGUCACUUGGAAGAGCAAGAAACAGAAGAUAGUGUCAUGCUCAAGUGCCGAAGCUGAAUAUAGGGCGAUGAGGAAGCUCACUAGUGAGUUGAUUUGGAUCAGAAACCUACUUCGAGACUUGGGUAUAGAGACAUCAACUCCAAUCACCAUGCAUUGUGAUAAUCAAGCAGCAAUACACAUAGCUUCCAACAGUGUGUUCCAUGAGAGGACUAAACACAUUGAGGUGGAUUGUCAUAAAGUUAGGCAAGCAGUGGAACAAAGGAUCAUCUUACCCUGCUACACAAGAAGUGAGGAUCAACUAGCUGACAUCUUUACCAAGGCUGCAAGCACCAAGGUUUGCGAGUUCAUACAUUCCAAGUUAGGACUCGUAGAUUUUUCAUCACACUAAUCCUCUUAGCCAUGAAGUGUUCUACUCUUUUUCCUUGGCUUGGUUUUUAUCCCAUGAGGUUUUUCCAAGCUAAAGGUUUUAAUGAG